AAACAGAUUGAGGCACGCAAAGAAACCGUCAACUCGUAUCUGCUUGCUUCGAGUGAUUGGGUGAAUACCGAAGUGCUCGAUGAUGCACCGGUGGAUGAAUCAAGUGAUGGUCUCACAAUGGAACAAAUACAGCUGCUACUGCAAAAUGCAGAUAUGGUAAAAGAACGUGAACGAGACGUAAUGAGCGUGAGCAAAUCGAUUGUUGAGCUAAAUUCGUUGUUCAAGGAUCUCGCUUCAAUGGUUGUCGAUCAGGGUACUGUACUGGAUCGAAUUGAUUAUAACGUGGAACAGGCAACACUCAGGGUUAAAUCAGCCUUGACGAGCGUGCAACGUGCUGAGAAAUAUCAGCGAGGCGACAGAAAAAUGUACUGUAUUGUUAUUUUAUCCAUAUCAAUUAUAGUUCUACUUAUUCUUUUGAUCAUUGUUAAAACAUGA